UUCAUGUAUGAAUGUUUGCAUGCCAAAGCUAGCUGCUAUGUUUGUGAGGAGAUUAGACUAGCAAUCACCACCAUUUCUUUCAGUGGGUGUUGGUGCUUUUAAAGGAGGGGGGUUUCACUCUUUGCUCUUCACACAUGGGCAGCUUCCAGCAGGCAGGUGCAAGCUCAGCUGCUUGUCAAUGUAGGUGAUAGGACAGUGCCGGUAAAUGCUACACACAUACAGUGGCUGCAGUGUGGGAACUUCUAAAGCAGGCAUCCUCUAUGGUGAAGAUGAGUCGGGACCCCGUUCAGGUGAUCAGCGGACAGGUCAAAGAGCUCCAAGUGUCUUCCAAUGGGGAUAACGCAGCACCGUGGGUGGAGACGCAGGAGUUCAGUGAAGACCAUCAGGGCCUCGCCGCCAACCCAAAAACAGUGACAGGCAGACGAGCCCGCAAGGUGGAAGGAGGCGUGUUCUUUCCCAAGCCAGAGAAUGCAGUGACUGUCGCCGUUUCGACAAGAGUUCUGUUCCGAACGGAACGGGAGCAGAAAGUGUUCGAGCAGCACGGUGUAGAGGAGUAUCUGAGAUACCAAAUCGAACACGAGAACGAACCCUUCGCCCCUGGCCCUGCUUUCCCCUUCGUCAAGGCUCUGGAGGCAGUAAACGGUCGGCUUCGUGACCUGUAUCCGCAAAGUGAAGAGCUGUUCGACAUUGUCCUAGUGACGUACAACCACGCUCACGUCGGCAUCCGUCUCAUCAACACUAUCAACCAUCACAAUCUCUUCAUAGAGAGAUUUUGCAUGACGGGUGGAAGUAGUCCCAUCGGCUAUCUUAAGGCCUGGCACACCAACCUCUACCUGUCGGCUGAUGCAGACAAGGUCAGGGAGGCGCUGGCUGAAGGCAUAGCGGCGGCCACCAUGUUUAUGCCAGAUAAACUAACAGAAGUGUCCGAGUCCCAGCUGAGGGUGGCGUUUGAUGGUGACGCCGUUCUCUUCUCUGACGAGUCAGAGCGCAUCUUCAAGGCCCACGGGCUGGACAAAUUCUUCGAACAUGAGCGUGAAAAUGAGGACACACUACUGGAUCAUGGUCCACUGAAAGGUUUUCUGGAGGCCCUUGGAAAGCUUCAGAAGAAGUUUUAUGCUAAAGGCCAACGCCUGGACUGCCCGAUUCGGACCUUCUUAGUCACAGCCCGAAGCGCGGCCAGCUCCGGGAUCCGAGCCCUGAAGACCCUUAGGGCCUGGGGUCUGGAGAUUGAUGAGGCCCUGUUCCUGGCUGGGGCGCCAAAGGGCCCCAUGCUGGAGAAGAUCAGGCCUCACAUCUACUUUGACGACCAGAUGUUUCACGUGGAGGGAGCGGCCGAGAUGGGCACCGUCGCCGCACACGUGCCUUACGGCAUAGCGCAGAAACACAAUGCCAGGAACAACACCGGGAGCCAACGAGCAAAAAGGAUGCUAUUUUUCUAUCGAGGAAUUUAUCUGACAGACAAAAUUGAGGGACAUGCAGACGGUGUCCAGUAAUCCCUUGUUUAUCACGGUUAAUUGGUCCCGGACCCCACUGUGACAAGUGACUUCACGCAGUAGUAUUCUGUAUUAAUCACCUGAAUAUUAUUGUAGUUAAAAGAGCACAGAAAAACUCUUUAUGGCUUUCUAAAACAUUAUUAGAGACUUUGAGACAUGUAAUAACACCCCCAGAGUCACUUUACAUCACAUUGCGCAGGCUACGGGAUCACUGCAGGGACUAAAGACGGCUGCCGCUAGCGUAGCAAGCUGCCGAGCUAACUAGUUAGCGCCUCCAAUUUAGGAAUUCUAAACUUGUGUUUCAAAUGGUGUGACAAAGGUCAAAAAAGCCAAAAACUCACCACUUCCACACGGAAUGAGAGGAGUGCAGUGUGAAAGGUAACGUAAGCGUCUUGUCUCAUAACAUUACUAAUGACUAAUAAUAGGCUGUAGUCAACCAUGAAACAACAAUCAUUUAGGAAUUAAUUAUUUUUGGAAAAAACUUGACAUAAUAAGGGCAGCAAUAUUCUAACCGCAAUACAACGAGGGACAACUGUAGAUCUGAGUUCAAAAUUGUCGAGCUUGCAAGCUCAACUUGAUAGGAAGAUUAACAGAA